AUGGUGGUUUAUGGGCCAAGCAAGUCUGCACGUGAGAGUUACCUGAGGAACGCGCCAGAGUGGGCGCUCCAAAACGGCCCCAAGCUGCUCGUUGCGCUGAAUGUCUGGCACGACGGCAAGCCCCCGCUGAUCGACCAGUUCCCGGAGCUCCGAGCCGCCCUUGGCCUGACGCGGACCCCCAACCGAGCUCUCACCGACGCCGGCACCAGCGCCGGGCUCGCCGGCCUCGACCAUAUGCUCGACGCGGCGAGGGCUGCGGAGUCAGACGUCAGGCGCGGCCACGCGCUCUACAUCUUCAACAAGGUGUGCAUCGAGGACGGGCACUACCUGCGGGCGGAGGGGCUCGAGGAGGAGGAGGAGGCGACGGGAGCAUGCUGCUACGUGGACGACUGCCAGUACGGCCGCGAGGAGGGCGAGGAUCUCCGCAUGGUCUACUGCGAGGCAUGCAAGACCUGGUUCCACGUUGAGUGCGUUCUCCGCCUCGGCGACCCGUACGACCCGAACGAGCGGCACCACCUCGCCUUCAACUGCAGCCUGUGCCGCGAGGCGGGCGCCACGCUGGCCAAGUACGUGCCGCGCUCGACUGUCGCCGUGAACAUGGACUGCGGAUUCAAGGCAGCGGAGGGGCGCAAUGAGGGUGCCCUCGUGCCCGGCAGCCGAGAGACCAUCAAGGAUGAGUUUGUGAAGGGCCGCCUCGGGUCCCUCUCCAUGAACGCGCUCUACCUCGAGCUGCCAGCCGAGGGGCGCGUCGAGGUCGUGAUGCUGCGAGGAUACGGAGUCAAGCCGACGGUCCGCGCCGUGGAGCGGAGAUUCGACGAUCUCCGCCUGUACACCUUCGAGCUGGGUCAGGGCGACCUGCAUUCGGUGGCGACCUUCCGCCACUCCCCGGCGGCGGCCGUGCUGUUGCCGAUCGGCGAGGCGGAGGGCGCCUUCGAGCGGACGAACGGCCGAGGCCGCCGCAAGACGACGAUGCCGCUCCCCGAGAAGCUCGACCUUCUGUGCAACAACCUGCGCUAUCACUUGGCGGUCAAUGCGAACAUCGGCCUCAGCCGUGAGGGCGGGUCGGGAGGCGGCUCCAGCGCCGUCUUCCUCGCAAAGCCGACCGUGUUCGAGCUCGGCGACGAGCUGUACGGCAAACAGGAGAUGAUCGGCGAUCACGACGACGCCGCGGAGCUUCGCCGCAUCAUCGCUGCACGGCGCGACGAGGCGCGCGCCGACACCGCUCGCCGGCGUCUUGAGCUGCUCCAGCUGCUGAGCGGCGAGGGCGCGCCUACCGAGCACAAGUACGACCCGCCGAAGGAGGCGCUCUCGGCGUACAUGCUCUGGUCGAUGCAGGAGCGCAAGUCGGAUGCCUACGCCGGCAUGAAGGUGCCCGAGGCGGGCAGGGCGCUCGGCGCGACGUGGAAGACGAUGGACGAGGCGGCGAGGGCGCCGUGGGUCGAGGCGUCGAAGGAGGACCACGCGCGGCACGCUCGCGAGAUGGCGAGCGACGUGCCCAGUCCCGAGUUCGCGCGCGAGGCUGCCGGCAGCUCCGGCGCGGCCGAGAAGGCCGGCGCCAAGCGCACCCGCCCGCACGCCACGGAUGGCGGCGACGCGCGAUUUGGCGGCCUCUCUGCGAAGGCGUGGGGCAAGCAGCGCGCACCAUGA